UGUCGAGACACGCGCUGGCUCGUUCUGCAUGCUACGGGGUGGUUAUCUGACGAACCAUUUGCAGGGUGCCUUGCUCACGCCAAUCUUCGGAACCAUAGCAUGAGCGAAGCAGAAAUACUGUGCUCGGCAAAAACUUUAGCCUUCGUGUGGACGUCGUUUCUUCCUGCACUUCUAGUGGCAGGAAAGAACUUCACGCUCACAGUCGUCCACACGAAUGACAUCCACGCUCAUUUCACGGAGUCUGACGUUGAAGGCAACCAGUGCACCGACGAAAUAAGGCAGAGCAAGGGAUGUUACGGGGGCUUCUCCAGGCAGUACGCAUUCGUCAGUCAAAUGCGACAAAGAAGUGAUUACAUGAUGUUCCUCAACGCUGGUGACUACUUUCAAGGCACGCAAUGGUUCAGCGCAAUGACUGAGAGUGCGAUGGGUGAACUCGUUUCUGUUUUAAAGCACGACGCUAUGACCCUGGGGACGCACGAGUUUGAUCAUGGCCCUGCUAAACUGUACGCAUUUCUGUCUUCGUUGGCCCCCUCCAUCAAGGUCCUUGUGUGCAAUAUCGAUGCGAGCAAGGAACCGCUUUUGAACAAGGCCCUCAUUGAGCCAUCUACUGUACUCAGACUUGGUGGCGACGUCGACAUUGGUAUCAUAGGCUACAUAACUCCGAAGACUCGUUACAUGUCCAUCACAGGUCGCGUCGAAUUUUCCAGCGAUGUCGAAUGCGUGCGAAGGGAAGCGCUGAGGCUGAGGAAACUUAACGUUACCAUCAUCGUCGCCAUUGGUCACUCGGGCUUGAUGAGGGACAGAUUGAUUGCCCAGGAAGUUCCUGAGCUCAACAUCAUCGUAGGAGGCUUCUCUCAUUCCUUCUUGUACAGCGGAGCCGGCGUUUACCCAAACACUGAGCUUGCCGAUGGACCCUAUCCUGUGGUCGUCCAACGACAAGACAGUUCUACCUGCCUCGUAGUUCACGCAUACUGGUUCGGGAAGUACGUCGGGGUGCUCAACGUCAUGUUCGACAGCUCUACCGGCAAAAUGUUGAACUUCUCAGGGGCGCCUGCAAUCAUGGACAGCUCUAUCACGUCAGUAUCGAACAGUCCCAUGGACGCCACACUGAAGAACUUGAGCAGUGUUCAAGACAGCGCGAUGGGUACACAAGUGGGGAAAACGAAAGUGCUCCUUGAGGGUACCCGUCAAGUGUGCCGUCUGGAAGAGUGUACCAUGGGCAACGUCAUAGCGGACGCUAUGUUCGGCUGGUUCGCUGAUCUGCGAACUGCCGAUGACAACCACUGGAGCAGGGUCAACGGUGCCGUGAUGCGAGGUGCAGAUAUUCAUUCUUCGAUCGACGACAGAAUCACACAGGGGAACAUUUUGUUGGAACACCUUUACGAAGUUCUUGGUGAGGGCUCGUCCCAUAAGCAAGUCGUCCUGGUCGAGUUGUCGGGUGAACAGUUUUUAGACAUGAUGGAGAGAUCGGUGCACGACUACGACAUUCUCUACAAAAAAGCGCAGCCAAAUUUUCUCCAAAUAUCAGGGCUUCACGUUACCUAUAACGUUCGCAACGCGCCAUCCUCUCGGGUCGUUUCCUUGCAAACCUUCUGCAUCGGGUGCCGUGUCCCAGUAUACGAUCCUGUACAACGCGAGAAGAAGUACACCUUGGUCAUGCUGGAAACUAUGGCGAGGGGCCCCUUCAUGCACGAACACCUGAUUGAUGACCAGAUAAUACCAACAGAAAAAUUAUCAAGGUGUUCGUAAGUCAUGGCUAAAAUUCAUCGAAGGUAAGAGCCCCUAACACCAUAAUUUUUGAACAGGUAGAUCUUUCAAAACAGUUUUACAGCUACAGCUUAUGAGAAAGCUCUUGUGGAGGCGUCGUGGUCUGUGAUAUUUUAUUCGACGCACCAUUGGUUGGCGCAGCAGCAAAUCGAAGAGCAGAUCAAAAACAAAGAAAAGCGGUAGCCGUGCGUGUGCGAGCGCUGUCAGCGUGCCAGACGCUAUGUGGCGGCCACUGAGAGUGCGUCCGCCGCCCGCAAAAGGGCCUGUACCGACAUGCAGUACACAUGCGCAAGAAAGUGAAGAAAGUGCUUGCCGUCAAGCAACCGCUUAUCACCUGCGGUUUCCGCGGCUCUCACGAUGUCGACGUGCUGCAGACUACGUGGGUGUCCGGAAGAAAAGAACGUGACGCAAUCUCCGUUGACCCCCUGACUGGACCAAGAUGUGCGACAUGCCGUUAAAAAUCGUGCAUAUUGCGCAGUGGAGGAAAAGCGGAACGCGGAGGCGGCUUCUCCCGCCUCGCGGCAUGAACUUUCCGGCACGCGUUACCGCGCGCAUUUGCCGCAUGUGGGUACGCGGCCAUAUGGACACGGCGCGCCGCUGCAGCAGGCGAAGUGCAUAUAGCACAUCGAGCGAACAAGCAACCCAACGCUCGUUGACUGCACGAAGCCAUGACCCAACAUCCACAGUUGAUGAAAAUGGAAGGAGGCUCCUACCUGGGACGCAUUAUGCAUGCCGCAGAUAGGCGCCUCCAUCUGUUUUGAACAAAUCAGGACACAGAAUGAUAUCGUUCGGAGCGAUGGUUGGCUAGGAGCGUGCUAUGCGGUGAAGUUCUGUUUUAAGAGUGUGGCUGGAAUCGUGCUGUAUGCGGCGAUGGUCUGGUUUAACAAUUAUACAAUUUUGCUUUUCUGUCUCGUUCAUGCUGGUUAUGUUGUUUCAUACAUUAAAACGACACUUAGGCUG